AUGAAGCUUGUUCGGUUUCUCAUGAAAUUAUCUCACGAGUCGGUAACAAUCGAGCUUAAAAAUGGAACGCAAGUGUCAGGUUUUGGUUUUCGACUCCUUUUUUUUUGUGUUCUUGGUUCUUUUUUCUAAAACAAAUCGUUUUGAGGGACAAUUAUGGGUGUUGAUGUGGCGAUGAACACUCACCUUCGUGCAGUGAAAAUGUCUCUAAAGAAUAAGGACCCCAUUCAACUUGACACUCUCUCUAUUCGAGGUUCGUUUUUCAUUUUACCUUUUUUUUUUUUUUAAACUCUAAAGAUUUUCUAUCAUGCUAUGUUUCUGAGGGGGUUUUUUUUUUCAAAAAUUACUUUUAAACGAAAUAAAAAUUUAGAAGAAGUGUACUUCCUUGACGAUUGGCCAACAAUUUUUAGCCUUAAAGUAUUUAUUGAGGAAAUGUGAAAAUGCCUUUUAUCUAUUUAUGUCACUUUUUCUUGAUGGAUUUUGAAGACUAGUAAAGUAAAAAAGAAAAUUUCACAAUUUGCAGUAUAUUUGAAAUUUCUGAAGUAAAAUCGUCAGCAUUCAAAAAAUAAAAAACAAACUGGAAUAAAAUUGAAAAGUAGAGCUUCAAAGUUAACUUAGGACUAACUUAUUAAUUUUUCAACGUGUUUUUUUAUCCUGUUUUCUUUUGUGAAAUAGAUGCUAACAAGGGCUAUGUGCGCGGUGAACAUCGAGUUAUGAAUUGAGGCUUAUAUGGUGGAUGGACCUAGGGAAGAGUGCUCCAAAACGAAAGAGAAAAUCUGCUAAGCGCCAUAGGGUACCGAGGAAAAGCUCGUCAAAGUUUUGCCGCCACGUAUAUGUCCGCGCUCGAAGUGCUCAGUCAGCAACUGGGGGCGUGGUGAAGUGGCAGUGUUCUUGGAUGGCGCUGACGCUAUGCUAGGUUCGAUUCCUUUUUGACGUGAAACUUUUUUUGCUCUUUUUUUAGUCAAUUCUUCUACACUCUAUUAUUAAGCAAAAACAGCGAAAAAUGUUUGAAUUGAAGGAGACGAUUGAAAAUUGGAAAAAAAAGGAAGGAGAAAGCAUAAAAAAAACUUUUUUUGUGUCGUACUAAGUUUUUUUCCAUUGAAAAUAUCGGAAAAAAAGUUCUUUAUGGCUUUCGAUAUCACAACACGAUGUGAUUAAAGCAAAAAUAUAAGUGAGAAAAUCACUCAGAAUUAUGUGAAAAAAAAGAAACCAAGUAUGAGUACGAGCCCGAAGUGCACAGGGAGUCCUGUCAAUCUAGUUUCGCCUUCUCCAUGAAAUUGCAGAAGUUUCGGUGAGCAAUAAAACAAACUUUCUGGUAUUAGAAAAAGGGAAAAUAGAGCAGUCGGUGGAAUUUUUGCGAUGAAAGAUUUCCAAACAGUAAAAAGAAAAGAAAAACAUAUGAAAUGGUUGAAUGAGGCCAGAGGAGCCAAGUGUGAUAUUAUUCACAAGUAUAAAACUUUUUAGAGGAGGUUCCUGACUUUUUAUUGUAUUUUAAUGUGUUGUCAUCUCGAGAAGCCGCCCAAGAAUCAAUUAUUUGAACAAUUUUUUAAAAAGUUAUCAAUGGAAAAAAACUGAAUAUGACACAAAAAAAAGUUUUUUUGUGCUUUCUCCUUCCUUUUUCCAAUUUUCAAUCGUCUCCUUCAAUUCAAACAUUUUUCGCAGUUUUUGCUUAAUAAUAGAGUGUAGAAGAAUUGAAUAAAAAAGAGCAAAAGAAGUUUCACGUCAAAAGGAAUCGAACCCAGCAUAGCGUCAGCGCCAUUCAAGGACACUGCCACUUCACCACGCUCCCAGUUGCUGGCUGAGCACUCCGAGCGCGGACAUAUACGUGGCGGCAAAACUUUGACGAGCUUUUCCUCGGUACCCUAUGGCGCUUAGCAGAUUUUCUCUUUCGUUUUGUAGCACUCUCCCCUAGGUCUAUUCACCAUGAAAGCCUCAAUUCAUAACUCGAUGUUCACCGCGCACACAGCCCUUGUAAGGGUAGAGGUUUUUUUUCCGUAGCGCGCAUAUGGAAACAAUAUUCUUCUUCGCCUUUGUACCGCUUGAGCGGCGUCGGCGCCGCAAGUCGAUUAGCCGGGGUCCUAUCCUGAUAUCAGUGGACUGGCUCCAGUGACAUAUCCGUCCUUGUGGGUGACGGCUGGGGAUUUUGAAGUCGUGGUUUCCCACUACCAACAUUUCUUAAACCCCUUGGUUGGGUCGGGGCGGGGAUCGAACUUGUGACCCUGUGGACCGUAGACAGGCACACAACCUGUUGCGCUACGGCGCGCCCCCGCAUAUGGAAACAAUAUUAUACUCGAAAUACAUGUUGUUAAGGCAUAGAUUUAUAUUUCAACGUCAAAACUAGAAAAAAAAACCAGUGCAAGAGCAAAAAAAUUCUGGAAUAUCAGUUUUUUCAGCGACGACCCUUCGUUUUUUUGUGCUGAACUCGAUAAGGAGCAUUUAUCAAUGAUUUCAAAAACAAAAAAUUUCUGAAAAAUCCUGCAGAAAUAAAAAUCACGUCAUCUUGUUUUAUGAAGCGACUUGUUAAUGUUUCCACACCGAAAACGGACUCUCUCCGAAAAAAGAAGUUGAUUGGAACACAUUAAGAGAAAAAUGGGAUGUAGAAAACAAGAAAUAUUUUGUGCUAAUGGUUUCAAAAGUAAGCAUCCACACGCGCAAAAUUUCGAAAUUUAAAUGUGGAAAGGAGAGUGGUACGCCCGACGGCGGCCACUCAAUUUUAGAUAUCUUGACUGUUUCUCUACAAUUAACAACAAUAAAAUCAAAAAACGAGUCGCGCACCGACGCGCAUAAAAUAUAAAACGAUGACAAUUGUAUUUUUCUCAAACAAAAGUGUGCAAUGUUACGCGCGCGUGAUGCGUUUUUGCGUGUUCCAACGAAAAAUAAUUUUUAAUUUCCAAUACAGUUUUCAUUAUUUUUCGAUUUUAAAACGUUUAUUGUUGAAUAUUCUUUUUCGAAAAAGUUGGAAAAUAUUUCCACAGCUGUCGCGAAAGAGAGUUUGUCAAAGGAACGCUUAAAAAAUAUUCAUUAGUCCUGUUAUUGUUGACUAAAAUAAAAAGAUUGAAAAAAUGAUAAUUUCGUUUUAUUUUUCAUACUUUGCGUUAUUCUGAAUUUUUUCAAGGAUGUUGUCGAUCUAUUCAAACCACAAAAAGUAUGAAAUUCACAGUUUCCUUCUUUUUUGAAGUUUUUUCCUUGUCGCAUUGCCCGGAGUAGGAUGAACUCUUUUCAUAUGUUAAAAAAACUAUUAGAACAUGAAAUGGAGAUUUUUUCAUAUUAAAUAAUCUUUGUAUGAUUUUUUUACUGGUUUGUUUGGAAAAUCCCAUUAUUUCUAUCGAUUAGAGUUUGAAUUUUUUAUGGCUUUAUUGUUUUUAUAUGGUUCUUCAUAUGGCGAUUCUAUCGCAACAUAUUAAAAUCACCAAAAAGUCUUAUUUCAUUUACAGAACCGUGUUUCAAAAAUUUUUUCAUCAAAAUUUGUAAGCGCGCUCAAAAAUUGCAUAGACUCCUCCCAUUUUCCCUCCUGCCUACACACGGUUCAGUGCUAAAAGCGUUCCCGAGAUACCCUCACUUUUGUCGAAUUUUCUCGGCGUUCAUUCAACUUAGUGCCGAGAUUUUUUGGGAAUGUCUGUUUGAGGAUAUUAGCUAACAGAAAACAUAUAAUUUAAAUGUGUAUGACCAUUUUGAGAAAAUGGGUUGCGAUCCCUAGCUAAGGGGUUGCGAUGGCUGUUUUUCCGAUCAACUUUUUCCGGCUUGAAAGGCGAGAUAGGUAGUUUGGGUGAAGCUUUGUAAGAUGGUCCAGGUUGAACACAGUAUUGAAAGAAUUGUAGAAAAAAGUUCUUUUAUCUUUUUUAUACUUUUGUUUGUUUGACUCAAUCUUUUUCAAACCCAUAAAAUGAUGAAAUUUAUUGAAAAUCCAAUAAAAAAAGGAGAAAUAGAUUCACCUAUCCCGACUGACAAGUCAGGAAGGAUUGACUAUACUUCCAGUUUUUUUUUUUAAAUUUACUCCAAGUAGGCAUGCACCCCGGGCGUUUAAACUUUACGUUCUCGAAUCUAUCAAAUCAAAUCAUUGACGAGCUCAAAACAUUGCGAAUCUUGUGCUGGAACCCGCAGGUGAAAUGCUCCAGGUGAAAGCCUUGAAAGAAAAGCGACCGCUUCGAGUGAAAACUUUUUUAUUCGUUCUGGUAGAAAAAAUUUUCUUUUCAUUUUUUUUUUUGUGAAAAUAUCUUAGUGGUUUUGUUAUGCCAUACAAUUGAAGUCUUGUUAAAGCAAAUUGCUGGGGCCCACUGACGUUGAAAAAAAUUGUUUCCUGCAUUGCAUAAAAAAAUCUCUCUUCUGAAAAUCCUCUCCUCGAGAUUUCAAAAUCAAUUUUUUGGUUCAAAAGAAAGAAUAAUUGAAUUUAAAAAAAAUUUGAACACUUCGGAGCGAAAAAUGUUUGAUGAGGAGUGUAAAGGGGUAAACCAGUUUUUAAAUAUCGCCAACUCUUCGACUUUAGCUUUUUUCUGGAAUUGAGUCGAAAAUCCCUCUCUGACACGGGAAGUGCAAAACGUCGAGGUAUUGGAAUUUGACGAGACUAGGUAUAUAGGUACUUUCGGACAUCCUGAAUCCAAAGAAAUUGAGAAAAAAAAAGAAAGUGCGCUUUUGGGUUCUAUUCGAGUUAUUAAAGGUUGCACGUAAAGAAUGUAUUGGAAGGUUUGAGCAGAAUUCUCGACAAAAAAGUUUUUUGUCUUUUCUCUACGAUCAUCAAAGUGGAAGCGUUGUUGUUUAGUUGUAGCUUAGUUGUUGAAAGUUGCUUAGGUCUAUUAAUGUUUCUUGUUUAUAUUAACUAUUUGGAUAAAGUACUUGAAUAUAGUAAACUGUUGAUUUACGCGGAUUAUUGCAAAGUAAUGAUUAGCAGUUCUCUUCCAGGAUAUCAAAAAAAGCUACAAGAGGAUCUCUACUCUAUUGAAAAUUUUCUUGCAGAUAAACAACUUAUACUUCCAGCAAAUAAAAGUCUCCAAGUUAGUUAUGGGAAACGAGUUCGAAGUGUUGCGAGUUACGAGCUUAAUGAUAUAACAGUGAAUAACGAGGAUUGUGUGAAAGAUCUCGAAGUUAUUUUUUCAUCUAACCUCAAAAUGCAUAAUAAUAUUGAAGUUACCGUUAAAAAAACUAUGCGUAUUAUAAAAAACCUAUUCCGCUGCUUUAGCUUCUCGAAACAAAUUUUCUUGAUAUGCUAUAAGGCCAAGGUUUAUCCCAUUUUACAGUAUGGUUCGGAAUUAAUGUGCCCAUUGACAAAAUCAGAUAUUGAUCGAUUAGAAUCUGUCCAGAGGCGAUUCACGAAGCGUCUUUUCCCAAGAAUGGAAUAUAAUGAACGGUAAAAACUGUUAGGUCUUCAACCUCUUUGGUUUAGGCGUUUAGUUAACUACUUUGAUACUUACUUUGAUGGUUCGUCUUCGCUGAUGAUCUUCCUUCUCACUAGGGGAAUGGUCUUCCCCUAGUCAGCGCGAACCACACGUCCUCCAUGCAUCCCUGUCUCCGGGACAAAUUUCUUUUUGCUGCAUUCCACUUUUCUCACGUGCAAAUUUUAAGCCGUCAUAACUCGAUUACGAGGCAAAAGUCGAUAAAUUUUCUUCUCGAUUUGAAAUCAGAAAGGUAAAAAACAGUUUCCUUAAAAAGCAUUUUCAAUCUAUAACUUAAAAAAAUUUUGAAAACGAUUUUACCUGCUAUAUUAUCCAUGUCUUAGUACUGUCUACGUAUGAUAAACGACCUAAGAGACGAUCAUAAAUUCAUUUGUUCAAUUUGGUGGAGGUGUGCAUUUUAAGCGUGAAUUAAAAAUUAUUCGAAUUAAAAAAAGAUAAAUGUUUCUUUUCCAAGAUUUUUUUUUUCGAAACUUGAAAUGGUAUUUAAGGAAACAAUAUUCGGUACAUCAUUCUUCCGGAUCCUCUCUCGCUGGACACAUUGCUUAUUGAUGAUGAGCCUCGGAAAAAAGCUGCACGAGCUCGGGCUGGAGGUGUUCAUCAAUUACAUACUCAGAAAUAAUUUUCUUUUAAGCUGGUCGCGGACGUGGACGUGGAGGUGCUCGUGGAAGAGGGCGCGGACGCGGCCGAGGCGGACCGCGCGGUGGCGGUGGUGGUGGACCUCGCCGUUAA